AUGAUUGAGAUUGUUCGACAAAUUCGUGAGAGGAUCAAGGAAGAUCAGGAUCGACAGAAAUCAUAUGCUGAUGUUCGAAGAACCGAUCUCCAAUUUGAGGCUAGAGAUAAAGUUUUUCUGAAGAUUGGGCUACCACCAAGCUUUGGGAAAGUACACAACGUUUUCCAUGUGUCACAAUUGAGAAAGUAUGUGUUCGACCCUAACCACAUAAUUCAUCAAGAGGAGAUGAUGAUUUUGAAUCCGAAUUUGAGUUACAAAGAAAAGCCCGAAGCCAUUCUGGGUCGGAAGGUGCAAGAGUUGAGAAAUAAGUCUAUUGCUUCGGUGAAGGUUCGGUGGAGAAAUCAUGGCGUUGAGGAAGCUACGUGGGAAUUGGAAGACAAGAUGAGGGAGAAGUACCCAGAAUUGUUUGAAUGA